CGGUGGGCGUGGAAAACGGACCAGUGCACGCAAAACAUAGAGGAUCUGAACAUCACCGUGUUAUAUAUACAGUGUGUCUUUAAGUGGGGGAGAAUUCCUGUAGGGAAACCAGAAGGUAUUAGUGCCAUUAACCCAGGACCUAUCAUGCGAUUAAUCACAAUGUCAGCAUCGCUUAAUCAUAUGAUGGGAUUGUCUCAGAAACUCGAGAGUAGCUAGCUCUGCUGGAAAACUGCACGGACACACACACAAACACACAAACACACAGAGAAACAUACACACACAGAGAAACACACACACAGAGGCGCGCGCGGAUGAACACAAAUGGUCAAAUAAAGAUGUGUCCGCUAAUGGAACACGAUUCUCCUUCGUUUAUUUGAAUGAACUCGCAGCUAAACGCACAAGGUCCUGUUCAGGUGCGUGAGUGUGUGUGAAAUGUUGCUGGCCUCGGCGGUGGUGGUGUGGGAAUGGCUGAACGAGCACGGCCGCUGGAGGCCCUACAGCCCGGCCGUGUCGCAUCACAUCGAGGCGGUGAUCCGCGGAGAGACUCGCGGCGCAGGCAGUGUAGCGCUCGGCCAGGUCGACUCCAGACUGUCGCCCUACAUCAUCGACCUGCACUCCAUGCACCAGUUCCGCCAAGACACCGGUACAUUGCGACCAGUGCGGCGGAGCUUCUAUGACCCGCGGUCGGCUCCAGGGCAGGGCUGGGUGUGGGAGUGGGAGAACGACUCAGGCACAUGGACACCGUAUGACACAGAAGUAGGAAUUGCCAUCCAGGCAGCACGCGAGCGCCAGCAACCGUGGCUGGACCUGACGCCGCUUGGCUUCUGCUACCUUAUCGAUCUACAGGGCAUGACUCAGAUCAACCGGCAGACACAGCGCCGGCGCCGUAUCCAAAGACGCUUUGACUUGGCCUACCCUCUUGUCUCAGGCCCUCUGCCUAAGCCUCAUGCCUGGACAUCCAAUGGGAGUGCAGCACACUCAGGAAUGAGUGUGGCUGGGAUUGGAGGAGGAAACGGAAGCGCCUACCCUAGUGGAGCCCUUCCUGCUUCAACCAUCACUUCUCUCGGUCAGCCUUGCUCAUGUCAGCAGUGCAUGUUGGUCCUGGGUGUGAAAACCACAAGCAUGGCGCAGACUCUAGGCCGGAAACCCAUGCCUCUGCCCAGGCCGAGGAGCCCAAAAACUGCCCAGCGGGGCCACUCAUACUCUCUCACUCUGCCACACAGGAACUCCACAACAGCCGGAGGGUUCGCACACUCACUCUCUGUGCUGGACUCGGCCACGGCCGCUCUGUCUCUUUCCUCCACCCGUCCUCCUCCCCCUGCUGUUCCUCCUCCUCCUCCACCUUCCUCUACACCGCAUGCUACCUCUCCACCAAAUCAGACGUCCUCCAGUGCCCUCAUCUCCACAACUGCCACCUGUGCCCCAAUCCCUUCAGCUCGAGUCCUGGGCCCCGUGUCUUCAGCAGCCUGUGCCGCCCCAGUGCCACCCCGCGCCAGCCUGGCAGGCCUCAGCCGUCCCGCGCUGCAGAGGAUUGCCAUGGCACAGUCACGGGCUCUUAUUGCCUCUGGAGUCCCAACAGUCCCAGUUAAGAACCUAAAUGGGUCCAGUCCUGUUCACCCAGCAUUGGCUGGCAUUACGGGUAUCUUGAUGAGUGCCGCAGGACUUCCUGUCUGCUUGACUCGGCCACCUAAAUUGGUGCUUCACCCCCCACCCGUGAGCAAGAGUGACAUCAAGCCCGUGCCAGGCCUUGGCCACUGCUGCCGCAAAACCACUAAGAAACAAGCCCGCAAAGGCAGAACUCCUGAGGAAGUCGUGAGGAGGUACCUUCAGAAGGUCCGCAACCCUCCAGAGGAGGACUGCACUAUUUGUAUGGAGGCUCUGGCAGGUCCCUCUGGCUACAAAGGCCCUGGCGUGGGUGGGAUUUCCCGGGCAGAGUCGGUCGGCCGUCUGUCUCAGUGUGGGCACCAGUACCACUUGCAGUGCCUAGUGGCCAUGUACAACAAUGGCAACAAAGACGGCAGCCUGCAGUGCCCCACCUGCAAGACCAUCUAUGGAGUGAAGACUGGCAACCAACCACCAGGCAAGAUGGAGUAUCACGUCAUCCCCCACUCACUGCCUGGCCACCCCGACUGCAAAACCAUCCGGAUUAUCUACAACAUACCCCCUGGCAUUCAGGGCCCUGAGCACCCAAACCCUGGCAAGCCCUUCACAGCACGUGGAUUUCCCAGACACUGCUACCUCCCUGACAGUGAGAAAGGCCGCCUUGUGUUGAAGCUGCUGCUGGUGGCGUGGGACCGCAGGCUGAUCUUCUCUGUGGGAACCUCCAGCACGACUGGAGAGACCGACACAGUCAUUUGGAACGAAGUCCAUCACAAGACUGAGUUCGGCUCCAACCUGACGGGCCACGGCUACCCCGACUCGGGCCACCUGGACAACGUCUUGGAGGAGUUGAGGGCACAAGGUAUCGCUGAGGAAGACUGUCUGAGGGACUGAGAGAAUGAAAGGGACAAGACAUUGUGCCAAGUUGCGGUCCAGAAAUCAAAUUUUGGAAGCAACUGGAACUUGAAGACUUUUCUCUAAAAUUGAGAAUCCAGUGUUAAAGAAACUGGAGGAACUGGGAAAAGUCACAAACUCAUUCUGUUCUGUGAUACUGUCCAUUCUGAUGAUGAAGAAAGCUUUGAAACCAGAUCGUGACCCACUUCUGCUUCAGAGCUAGUUUAACAUACUUGGACCAUGAGGGAGAAAAUGGGUACAAACAAAUUUACUAUUGCUGGUGUCUGUUCAACAAUUUCUCGUAUUGUAGUUCUGUGAAGGGUACUCUAUGCUGAGGUACUUCUGUGCAUGUAAGUAUAACAUUUGGUGGAAUAAGUCCUUUUUUUGUAUAACCGAGGCCCUCACAUUUUUUGCUACGAAGCUCCAGUGGCAGUUUCAGAUGGAAUGUGAAUGUUUACUGCCCUCUAGUGGCACUUGAUUAUACAUUCCAUCCAUAAUCAUGGUACAAUCACUUGGUUUUAUCAUGGGUUUCAUUUUUACUAUUAUUUACACUACAUUUUAAUUAAUGACUUUUGUACUCCUUUGAAUUCUGUUGUAUCUUAUUUUAUGUUCUAGAUAUAUAGUUCAUAACUUAGAAGCCAAUGAUUUUGGAUAAUAAAGCUGAUCAGUCUUUGUCAAAGGCUGCUAAACCUGUCCUUGGACAUUUAAACUCAACUCACUUAAAGAAUUAAUCAGUAUUAAAGCCAGCUAACAGUAUGGAAAUUGGGGGUGAUGACAAUCGUGCAAAACAGCCAGUUUCCUCCUAACCCUUUAAUUCACAAAGCCCCAUGGAAAGCAUGAGUUUAUGAAAAUAAAACUUUUAUUGUGAUUAGACAUGCAACCGGAGAUGAAAUGUACAACAUGCAGACCAGUGCAAAUGUCAGACUUGUGUAGAGGUUUGACAUAAUGUCAUGUAACUCAAGACGCCAUUUUGGUUAUUGGGGAGCGGUGUUGACUACCAGCCUAGAGAAUGUUUGCUUGCUUUGGAACAUCUGGUCCUACUUUGUGGGUAGAUCUGUGCUGUGGUCUCCAGUUACUUUUCUAGUUGAGUCAUUGGUAGGUCCGUGAUGGACACAUUUUACGGGGGGGGGGGGGGGGGGGGGGGGUAUUGUUGUCAAGACAUUUGAGCAUGUGUGUACAUGCAAAUAUAAGCUUACAUUUAUAGUUGAAGUAUUCCUGUGUGCUGUAUGUGUUUUAUGUACACAUGUUCUGAUUCAGUACCAUCUUUUUGCAUCAAGUGUUGCAGCAACUCUGUAAGGCAAGCACUUCUAACUCCUUUUUUAUUAUUAUUAUUUUUAUUUGUUUGAUUUUUAGUACUGUCUUAUAAGCUGUAUGUUUUUUUUGGGGGGGGAGGGGGUUUUUUGUACUGUGAAGUUUUACUCACUGAUUGCACUUGUAUUUUCAUGGUAGUUGCUCUGGUUAUUGCAGUAAAAACCUCAGCCAAGAGGAAUCUGCAAUAGUGAAUCUGAAACAGUGUAUGGAGCUAGAACUAUUGUUGCUGUAUAAUAUCAAACUGUACAGUGCAUAUACCGUGCAUAUUAAAUAGCUGCUGGAAUACUGAAUGAAUAUUAAAAAGAAGAUAUGUGUAGGGUUUGUUCAUCUCAAA